GCUUAUAAAUAAUAUACAUCCUUUCUUAGUGGCAUGGACCCACUUGUUUUCUGUACAAUAUGUGGUGUGGCAAGUUCAGCAGCUGGUUACAUGUUGGGAUGUGCAUUGUAUGGAGUGGUAUGGCAAUGGAUGAAUAAAGAUCUGGCUCAGAAAAUGAAGGAGGUGAGAUGUAUUUUCUACUGCAAUAAUAUGCCCCUGUGGUGUUCCAAUUGUAGGCAAUACAGUAUUCAAGAAGCUGAAAAUAUAGAACAUAUUAUUAUUAUAGGGAUUUGUAGAUGGAAAUUGCGAGUGUGUGUUACACAUGGUUAGAGAAUUUUAGAUCUUGGGUGUGUUUCUAAAUGACCAGGGUGUGCACAUGUCAAUUACCUUGAAUAGCCAAAUUCACGGUUCUACAACAACAGACAAUGCCUGUGGUUGUUCUAUGCUUUGCAACCAAAUACAAGGCGAGCAUACGCUCAUAUUGCGCACUGACAUUAAAAUAUUAAGUUAUUUCAGAACUCUUGGGGGUAUUUAAAACCACUUUAACACCAUACGGUUCCCAUUAUCCAUCAAAACAUCACAGAUCACUUUUGCCAAUUUCAACAACAACAGUAGAUUUUACAAACCUUACGACGUAAAUAGGAAGAAAUUCUGUCUGUUGUAAGUAGCACCACCUUAUUUUAUGAACCUAUACACGGCCUUAUAUAAAUAAUGAAGCCGCGUUCAUUUUAUGUAGCCGUGUUUAUUUUAUCUAGCCGUGUUUUUCCAUUUUUGACCGCGAUAACACGGCCAACACGGCCCUCUAGCUAAGACCCUGCUAACCAUGGGCAGUUACGAAAAAUGCAAAAGUUGCAUUUUUUGCAAUUUCUCCUGGUAAAAAACAACCAGUUCUAUCGAGAUGCCCAAGAUCCUGAUAUUUACCCAUAUAUUAUUAUAGAUAUUUAUUAAUAUAUUCUUCAGUGUUGUUCUUGAAUAAAUUGUCCAAACUUUAUUAAUAUGUUUUGUUUCACUUUCACAGUCAUUUGCUGUGGGUCAAUUAUGUUAGAACUAAUUCUCGUCAUUAUAAACUCUCGUUGUGUCAAUUCUCCCACUGACAGUAAUUUCCACUAGUCACUACAUAUAAUUUUGUUAUAAACUUUAAUCUUUUACCGUGUAAAAUGUACCCUGGUUCCAGAGGCUCUUUGCGAGGUGAAAGAAACGAGAGACGAGAAUUAAGGUAUCAUCGGUUGCAAAUCCCACGUCCACACUUGCUUAGGUUCAGAAUUUGAAUCUUGCAUGUGAUUGGCCAUUAGUAAAAAUAUGUCAAACCGGUUUGGGAAAUAAACAUUACUGUAAGCUAAUUAUUUCCCAAACCGGUUUGAUAUAUUUUUACAAAUGGCCAAUCACAUGCGAGAUUCAAAUUCUGAACCUAAUCAAGUGUGGAAGUGGGAUUUGCAACCGAUGUGACCAGAGGCUCUUCCUUCUCGCCUCUCGUUUCUUUCGCCUCGCAAAGAGCCUCUGGAACCAGGACGUGUAAAAUGUUGAUAUCUACAACAAUACAAUUUUCUUACUCAGUUAAUUUAACUUUAAUUACUCUGAGUAACUAACAGUUGCCUGUAUUUGUAAUUUAGUUACUCUAACACAACAGGUAAACUUCUUUUGAAACGUUUUUGGUAAUAAAGAUGAAUUGUUGUUAUUGUUAUCAAAACAAGUGUUUUUGCUGAAAUUGCAAAACAUUUCAGGAAUAGUGAAAGUGCAAAGUUUGAAACAAUUUACGUAAAACAACGGAAGUUAUACACACAGAAUGAAGCGAAAACCCUAUUAGAUUUCUGUUGUUGCAGCGAAGCUUCCUGUGUGCAUGUGUAGCUUCUGCCAUUUUGACCUGAGAGAUAAAAUUGAAAAUUAACUGACGUGUGUACAACCAUGAAACUUGUUUAAAUAUGUUAACAAACAAAUACCAACACUACUGUAUGGUAUAAUAAUUUUUAUGGUAAUUGUACAAGAAUCUUUCCUCUUCAAAAUAUUUUAGAGAGAAGCAGAUUUUUUUCAAAGACUUGAAAGUCAUCGAACUGAUGCAUUUAGUAAAUUUGAAGACGAUUUUUAUGGCGAAAGUAUAAAGACAUUAAGUGAUUACCGCCAGUGGGUUCGUCAGAUGCAGAGAAAAAAACGAGAGGAAGAAAAAUAUGGUAAAACACUCGUACAGAAUAAAGAAAAUGAAACAAGUUGAACAUUAUAGAAGAUCUUCAAAUAACAGAUAUUUCUUGUGUCUUAUUCACAUGGGACUGUGCCUUAAAGCAGCAAAAAAGUAAAAAAGAACAGAAAUGUUUUAUCACCUUUAAGAACUUUUGUGUGUUGUACCAAAGGGAUGUUUUAUGACAAAACCUCUAAUCAGUUAACAUUAGUUUGCACUAAGAACGUUAAUGGAAAGAGUUUUUUCUAUCAUAUAAUGGAAAGAGUUUUUCUAUCAUAAAAUGUGCAAGGUUUUAUAUUUGGUUGGAAGAACAGUGUUGGGGGUGGAAGCGAAAUAAUGAAUAGCAGGAAAAAUGAAUAUUUGAAUUUAGAAAAUCUUGAAUAAUGCUUUUAUAACCGAAUAAUGACGAAUAAUUAAUAAAUAUCUUCUUAAAUACAGAGCAAUUCGAAAUAUCUAAAAUGAAUAGCUCAGUCACAAUUAUUCCGCUCCCUCUUCACAUCGCCCCAAGUGGGGGUCAAGAGUCUGUCAAGGGCAAAGGCCAGUUUUUAUAUUGUUUCACAUUAGCUUUUCUAAUAGGCGGAGAACUCAAUUAACCACUUAAAUUAAGCAAAAUUAUGCUAAAACAUCAAGUCAUUGAAACCCAAGAAUUAUGGGGUGUGGAGAUAUUUAUGAUGUAGCGUGAAUAGAAUUUAAAUGAUGAUUGAACAUUAAAUUACAAACUGUUGACUGUCAUGCUUUGCAGCUCUGUAACGUUUGUUUUUUUGUUGAGCAUUUUACACAAUCAUCGUGGACGAAACAUGUUUUCACUUCUUGCUGUUGUUAAAUUAUAUGGAAUUUGACUUUUUAUCUUGAUUUGUAAAAAUGAUUUUAAACUUUGAGGUUCAGAUCCAAACGUGUUUUUUAGGUUUGCCCAUUUGACGUCUCUAGAUUGUCCGCAUAAACAAACAUAACUUUACACAAGAAAUUACGCUCAAAGUCUACACUGAAGUGAAACUAGAAGUUGUAUGAGGGUAUACAUAGCGUGUAUAAUAUUGUAACACCAAAUAUCGCAAUUAAUCUAAAAAAAAAUUUCUUUCUCCUGUC